AUGACAAAACUCUGAUCCGGAAUCUGAAGAGUCUCAAAAGAACGCAAUAAAUUUCAUCAUGAUCAAAUUAUUUUCAUUAAAAAACCAAAAGAAAGACAAUGCCGAUGGUCGAUCGGGUCAAAAGAAAUCAUCUGCUGCACAAUUAAGAGUAACGAAAGAUCUUGCUGAAUUGACAUUACCAAAGACCUGUCAGACAGAAUUUCAUGACCCAGACGACUUGUUAAACUUCAAAUUAAUAAUCUGUCCAGAUGAGGGCAUAUAUAGAAAUGGUCGCUUUGUGUUUAGCUUCAAUGUAGGACAAGGUUACCCCCAUGAACCUCCAAAAGUCAAGUGCGAUACACGGAUCUACCAUCCGAACAUCGAUUUGGAAGGAAAUGUCUGCUUGAAUAUUCUAAGGGAAGACUGGAAACCAGUUUUAACAAUUAGUUCCAUUAUUUAUGGAUUACAAGUCUUAUUUACGGAACCGAAUCACGAGGAUCCAUUAAACAAAGAAGCGGCUGAGUUAUUGCGGACGAACCGACGGCUAUUUGAGCAGAACGUUGCAAAGGCGAUGGCGGGGUGUCAAAUUGGAAGUCAUUACUUCGACAAAGUUUGCAAGUGAUAAAAUAUCAAACAUUAUUUGAUCUAAAUUGUCCACAAUCUUAGAAGAGAUGACAUUAUUAUAGGGAGGUUACAAUGACAAACCCAUGAAAGUUUUGAUGGAUGCUUAGGCAGAGUUAUCGCAAGUCAGUUGAGCGUUUAAGUCUCCAUUACCUUACCUAGCAAACAUUUUGUAUUGGUUUGCUCCAUACUAUGAUUGAUUUAUCUAGAGUCAGGUACUGAUGCCAUUUCUAAUUACAUAAAUCAGUGACAUCAGUUUCAGGGGCAGUUAUAAGUGGAGUUGUCUGUUGUUGGAUGCAAUCGCUUAGGAAACACUUUGCCCCUUGAAGACUGGGAUUAAUGUAACCUCUCUAUAUAUCCUUUGCAUCCCUGCUGUGGGGAUAUUUAAAAGUGAAGUAAUGGUAUUGUAAGCCUGGAUAUUUUGGUUUUCUGUUGGAAGAAAAAGUCUCCUGUCUGUGAAAAUUGCUACCUGUGAAAAUAGUAUGUGAAAGAAUGGAUGCCAUUUUUCCAAGUGUUUAGAAUUUUUACAGACAGAUAGGACUGAAAUAGGUUGUAAAUACCUCUAACCCGAUUCUUUCUAUAUAAGAUAAUCAUAAACAAAAUAUUUUAUCAGUGAAUACACUUAUUUGUCAUAUAAAUGAGUAAUUUCAUUACGAUGGCAUCUUUUGUUAGUAUUCAUAUAAAGAUGGCAUCUUUGGUUAUAAUGAGUGGCUACAGGCUUUGAGCAGUAUCUGGGAGCUCAAGUGUAGCACAUCCCGCAGCUGACUCUUGUAAGGGUGGCUGCAGCACUGGUGUGAACAUGACUUGAAGUUUUUGCGCCAAGGUUCCCCUGGUGUAUAUGUAGUUAUAUUAGUGGGAAUGAAUGGUAAGGUACCAUACGAUGCCGUGGUUAAUCCUGUAGGAUCUUUUUAGCAGAUAGCUAGACAGUUUAAUUUCAGUGAGGAUCCAUAAAAACCCUUGUCUGAAUGGUUAUGUUAUUCAAGCAGUAGCAAAAGUGGGAUUAAUUUCUAAGACCCAGCAAGUUUGUAGGUGCAACUUGCAGAAAAGGCAUUUUAAUCAAAGCUGCUCAGCCUGUAUAUUGUAAAUUAUUAAUUACCAUCGCUUACUUCCUGUAAUUAACAAAAAAGCAUGAAAUGUAGUUGCUAACUAACUUCAUCUAUACUGGUACCACAUGAUUAUUGAUUAUUUAUAAAGCAUGCUCUUUGUUCAGUGUUCCUUGGUUGCUUAAAAUAUACUGCUAUUCAUUUUGUAGGAGGGUUGGUAUGCAGACAAGUGUUCUUCAAUUUGCAAAAAUCUCUGGUUUGGAGACCAAUAUUAAGUUAUCUUGUUUGAUUGUUGAGUCAUGACAGCUGAUGAGAUGAGAACUUUCAUUUCAUCGACAUUGGCAGUGUGUAAAAGAUAAUUUUCCUGGUGCUGGAAGGGGGAGGGUGCCUGGAAGCUGUGCAUCUAAAAACUCUGAAUGCUGAAGAAGAACAUGUAACUGUCCUUCGACUUCAGUCAAAAGUAGUGUAAAUACCACAUACCCAGCCUCAAGUUGUAUGUACUUGCACAGUUCAUGGAAAUAGUCAGUUGAAUGGUUACCCUAUGCUUGAACAGCUUCAAAGUUGAUUAGAUUUCAAAGGGCUGACAGCCUUGACAUUGUGAUCCUAUAAACUUGCUUUGUAUCAUCCUAAACCAUGUAAAUUGGUAAGGCCAUUAUGUUAUUGUAUGAUGUACCGGUCUGUGUGUACUAUUCGACGCUAAUGUUCACGCUAAAUAAAUUUUUGACAUAAAAAAUAUUGAA